AAUCAACUAUUGCAGACAGACGCAUUUUGUCAGAAAUAUGGAGGAAUAGAAGGUUGAUGGCAUCACCUAAUGGGACGUAUGAAGAAAAGAACUGUACAGAGCCAGCCAUUAAUGAAUUCCCUGAAGAUGUAUUUACAAAUAAAGAACGGCAGCAAGGAGGAGUUCUACUUCAUAUCAUUGCCGCUCUUUAUAUGUUCUAUGCUUUGGCUAUAGUAUGUGAUGACUUCUUUGUUCCAUCCUUAGAGAAAAUUUGUGAGAAGCUACAUUUGAGCGAAGAUGUUGCUGGAGCCACAUUCAUGGCAGCAGGGAGCUCCACUCCAGAACUGUUUGCAUCUGUUAUAGGUGUAUUUAUCACUCAUGGAGAUGUAGGAGUAGGGACCAUUGGUUUUUUUUGCAUUGUUGGUGUCUGUGGAAUGUUUGCAGGACAGGUGGUUUGUCUCACCCAGUGGGCUCUGUUCCGGGACUCUGUGUACUACACGAUAUCUGUGAUCGUACUUAUUGUUUUCAUAUAUGAUGAGAAAAUAGAAUGGUGGGAAAGCCUUGUACUCAUCAUUAUGUAUUCAUUCUACAUACUUAUCAUGAAGUACAAUGUGAGGUUGCAAAAUUUCUUCAGCCUUAAAAGCAAGAAUGUUGGAAAUGGUGACACAGUCAACAAUGAGCUGGAAGAUGGUAAUAAAUGUUAUGCCUCUAGUUGUGAUGACCCAUCCAUUCCAUUACUAUGGAAAGUGAAGGGGAUACAGCAGUAUGGCAAAAACAGUGUUGUGAUGGUGGAUGAGAUCAUCUGCUCCAGUCCCCCCAAAUACCGGUUCCCUGAAGCUGGAUUACGGAUUAUGAUUACAAACAAGUUUGGACCACGCACCAGAAUGCGGAUGGCAAGCCGACUCAUCAUUAAUGAGCGUCAGCGGUUAAUCCAGUCUGCCAAUGGCUCAAGCAAACCACUUCAGAAUGGGAGACGUGACAAUAUUGAAAAUGGGAACAUCCCUGUGGUGAACCAAGAGGAGGAAAAUGAACAGGACAAUCUAUCUCCCUUUUCAUUGCCAGAUCCCCAGUGACCUAAGCCGGUUCUUUCCUUUCUUUGUCCUGCAGAUGGAAAAAUGAACAAAAUUAAAUGGAUUUUGACAUGGCCGUUAAUGUUCUUGCUCUUCUGCACCAUUCCAAACUGCAGCAAACCACGCUGGGAGAGGUGUUUUAUGGUGACAUUCAUCUUAUCCACUCUCUGGAUUGCCUUGUUCUCAUACUUCAUGGUGUGGAUGGUGACUGUGGUUGGAUACACCCUUGGGAUACCAGAUGUGAUCAUGGGCAUUACUUUCCUAGCUGCAGGAACAAGCGUCCCAGACUGCAUGGCCAGCUUAAUAGUAGCAAGACAAGGCCUCGGUGACAUGGCAGUAUCCAACACAAUAGGGAGCAAUGUCUUUGACAUUCUGGUGGGCCUUGGCGUUCCAUGGGGUUUGCAGACCAUGGCGAUUGAUUGUGGAUCAACUGUUAAGAUAAACAGCAAAGGACUGGUCUAUUCAGUUGCACUUUUGCUAGGAUCAGUGGCACUUACUGUGUUUGGAAUCCAUGUAAAUAAGUGGAAGCUUGACAGGAAAUUAGGCAUCUACGUGUUGUUUCUUUAUGCUGUUUUCCUGUGUUUCUCUAUAUUGAUAGAGUUUAAUGUCUUCACCUUUGUCAACUUCCCUAUGUGCCGAGAAGAACUUUAGACCACAACAAGGAGAGACUGAAAUUCUUCUGAUUACAUGUGCUGUAAAUGACAGGAGGCAUUUCACAUUUCUACCUUCUUUCCAUCAGUAAUUUGAGUGUUGUUCCUGCUUCAUCAGCUAACAAGCACUUUUACCUGGGUGGAAGGAAAGCACACCUUUCUUUUAACAUGCUAGCUCAAGGCAACCAAAGCAUUUUCCUCCUCUUUGGAUAUUGCUGCUCA